AUGGUCUUUGGAUUUGCUUUCCGUUGUCUUCUUGUCAAGACCCUUGGGUGGCUGGUGGAUGUGGUGGCCAAGCUGCUCAAACUCACUCAGAUCUCCGUGCUACAAUUCACGGAAUUGGAUGGGCCGUGGGAGCUUACAGACGAAACUCUUAUGCUCAUGGCCAAGAUGCUGGCGAGCGGGUCGCGGCACCUGCGCUACAUCAACGUGUCACACCUCUUCUGGGAGGUCAACAGGGACCUCGACGGCAUCGUCCAGCUCAUCAAGCUCGGGCCGCGCUGGCAGCGCGGGAUCGAGCUGUUUGACAUGAUGAGGAGCCGCAGGUUGUAUUGGGAUUAA